AUGGCAACGCGGCUGCGGCAGCUCAUGAUCUUGAGCCGCGACGUCGCGCGGAGUUCACGCUUCUACGAAGAAGGCCUCGGGCUUCAGAUCCUCCGCCAAUCCGACACCUUUGCUGAGUUCAACGUCAACGCCGGCGUGACGCUCAGCAUCAAGCAAGCCCAUGGAGAGGCCGCAUGCAGCGCCGGGUACUCGCCGUUCCUCAACUUUGAUGUAUACGACAUGGACGAAACGAUUCCGCGUCUUCUCAUGCUCGGCGCCGCCAUGGACGGCCCGAUCAAGUACCCCGCGUUCGGCAAGGUCGCUGCCGUGCGGUCACCCGAUGGCACGAUGAUCGGCCUCUACGAAUCGAACACAAUGGACUCGGCCACGUCUGUCUAAGGCCCAAGCGUUGAUAACUCCCACCGUUGGAUGACAAGUGGCGUAGACGUAUAAAACACCGAUGGAACCGGGCAUCGACCUCGAUAAGGGUUCAAGUAGGAGAAAGAC